GGAGAGAAGCUACAUCAACACGAACUGACUCUUAUUUUACUUAUUUGUAGAGGAGGAAGCGUCAGGGAACGUCCUCUGGUCUGAACACAGUUUAGUGAAGAAAAAGUCAUUUUAGUGUGUUUGUCCUCCAAAGAUGCUGUGGAUUCUGUUCUUCAUCUGUCUGAUUGGAAGGCUGUGUGCAAAUGUGGACAAAAUUUCACCCACAGAUUACUGCAACACACCAGACAUAAAGCUGAGGGACAAGAGAGCAUACCAGUCUACAACCUAUGACAGUUGGUUUCUAGGACAGCACCCUGCUGACAGAGCCUUUGAUGGGGAUCAAUCAACAUGUUCUUACACUGAGUAUCAGACCAAGUCCUGGUGGACUGUAGACCUGCAGGAUGUUUACAACAUUACCUGUAUCUCUAUUUGGAAUAAGGACAAAUGGCUUGACUCUUCGAACAUAUCAGGUGCCAAGAUCUACAUCGGGAACUCUCGUCAGAACAACGGCACCAACAACAAGCUUGUCCGAAACAUCACAAACUUCAGAACAGGCCACAAUAAUGUCUAUAAGUUUCCUUCAUCAGUGUUGGGGCAAUACGUCACUGUGAUCAUACCAGAAACAAAAUAUAUGGCUCUGUGUGAAGUGAAAAUCACUGGCACAAAAAUGGUUUCACCUUUUCUACUGAUUGACCAAAACAAGACCUGGGAAGAAGCUCUGAACUACUGCAGAGAUAACCACAGCGAUCUGGCCUCCAUCUUGGAUGAACAGAUGCAGACCUUUGCUGAAUUGGAGGUUGAGAAAGCCAAUAGUCCCUUCGUUUGGAUCGGACUGCACUACGCCUCCUCCCUCCAUUACUGGUUCUGGGUUGAUGACCACGUUGUUAAAUUUGAACACUGGGGUUCCGGCGAACCACAAGAAAACUGUGACACCAGUGGAGCCAUGCAGAAAAAAGAAGACCAUUUGUGGUUUAGCAAGUCUGAUCAUGAUAAGUUUAAUUUUAUCUGUGCUGUAAACUAAGAGCUGGGAUGUCUGAGUUCUGGUAAAUGUACUUUCAGAGAAUCAUCAGGUGAAAAACUAAUAUUGGUAUGCUCAUAGAAAAACUUUGUUUCUGGCAAUUUUAGGAACAUUUAGAGUGUUUCUUUUUCUCUGUUGUUCUGUUUGUGUCUUUCUAUCUUCACAUGGACUUUGCAUUGGACUUUCAUUCAUAUUUCAUUCAUUUCUGUAGCCUAAUCAUUACCAGUACAUGCCACUAUAAAAUAUCAGACCUCUACUGGUUGCUCCUUUAUGUAACAAAAGGUGAUGGUUUUGUGUGUGAGAGUUUAAAAAAAAAAUCACAAUUCAGCAAUGGUGCAUAUUUGGCAUACUAGCACAUGGACUGAACAUUUUUUUUAAACUUGAAAAGUGAGACUAUGCAGAAAAAAAAUUAAAUGUUGUUCAAACAGUUGGUACAACACAGUUUUUAUGUUUUAGCAGCUAUUUUAAUAAAACCCUAAUAAUAAUAUAUAACAACUUGUAUCCAAAAACAGUCUGGUGUUCACUCGUUUAAUGACCACAUAAGCAGAUAUUCAGGUAACAUUACCUUGUGCAUAAAGUUAGUUAUGGAAAUGCAGUUCAUCAAAUUUCCUCCAACUUUUCCUCCUUGAGCAGCUGAUCUUGAUUAUAAUAGACGUAACACCUGAAGUAGCAACACAGGGAAACUCACUCACACCCAGGUCAGGGGAGAUGAAGGAAAUGUGAAGAAAUGCACCUUCUGGGGCGUGCUGUGUUGGCGUAGGGGAUAGCGCAACCCACAUUUGGAGGCCUUGAGUCCCCGAUGCGGUCGUCGCGGGUUCGAUUCCCAGACCCGACUGACAUUUGCUGCAUGUCUUCCCCCCUUUCCUGCCAGCCUACUGUAAUAUAAGGGACAAAAGACCCCCUGGAGGAGAAAAAAAAAAAGGAAAUGCACCUUCUCAUAACCUGAAGAAUUGGCUCCUAAUGUAUUACAAGCAUCAUCAUGCUCAGACAUGACACCAGAGAGA